AUGGCGUUAAGUGGUGGGGAGCUUGGGUCCUUAUUUGAGCAUCAUGUCCAGAAGGCUGUGUGCGACACGCGCGCCAAGUAUCGGGAGGGACGACGGCCCCGCGCUGUCAAGGUAUAUACAAUCAAUUUGGAAUCUCGGUAUUUAUUAAUACAAGGAGUUCCUGCAGUGGGAGCCAUGAAGGAAUUAGUUGAGCGAUUUGCCUUGUAUGGUGCAAUUGAACAGUAUAAUGCUCUAGAUGCAUACCCAGCAGAAGCCUUUACAGAAGUUUAUCUUAUUAAAUUUUUAAAUUUACAGAGUGCAAGGACAGCCAAGAGAAAAAUGGAUGAACAGAGUUUUUUUGGUGGAUUGCUUCACGUGUGCUAUGCUCCAGAAUUUGAGACAGUUGAAGAAACUAGAAAAAAGUUACAAGAGAGGAAGUCUUAUAUAGCAAGAACUACUAAAAAUAAAGACUAUUACACAGCAAAGAGGAAGCUGGAUACAGAGCCUAAAGACAGAAGAGGUUCCAGACAGGACUUCCACUCGCAGACGUCUGGAUUUGGUGCCGCUGCUUUGAACACUUCUGCUGGGAACUCUGAUCUUUAUUCUUGUGAAUUGCCUUUAUGUCACAUCUCAAAAAGUACCUGUUCAUCAGGGCAGCAUGUGAACAGAGCAUCAGGCUCCUCUCAGUAUGGUAGAAACCAUGAUGAAACAGUGAAGCAUUGUAGCUACAAUAAUUUUCUGCAGAAAAUACAGAUGAAAACUUUGAAAGAUUCAGUGGCCUUCCCAGAUUCACAAAAGGUUAUUACUCCGUCAGAGGCAAUUGACAGAUUUAUGCCUAGGACAACACAGCUGCAGGAGCGGAAAAGAAGAAGAGAAGAAAACCGUAGACUUGGAAUUUUUAUUGAAACAAGCACUAGUAGUAAUGAGGUUAUGAUUGGACCUCAAUUACCAGACACACCUAAAGUAGAUAUGCACGAUGACUCAUUGAAUAUGACGGCACAUUUAAUUCGGAAUAAACUUAAAGAGGUAAUCUUACCUGUGCCAAAGCCUUCAGAGGACAAACUAGAAGAUUUGAGUACAAGUCAGCCAUUGAAACAAAGAAGAAGAAUAUAG